CGUUCAUAACAUGUAGAAACGCAUAUACGAAUAACUGUACGUAAAAACCACGUGUACCCAGCACAAGAUACCUCGUCUUAAUAUAUUUAUAUCUUUUUAAACCUGUAACUAAUGAGGGGACGAGGCCGUGGUCGUGGUAGAGGCGGAAGAGGUGGCGGUCGUCGAAAUCGGCAAAGUUCGGCCCAGUCACGAACGAAGACGAAAGAUGUCGAGAGCGAAGUGGAAGAAUCGAAAAAUUUGAACAUCGAGUCCGACCCUCGGGAAUUCUUCGUGGGGACAGUGUCCGUGGCUAAACACCUGGAGGGGCAGGACGCAAACAGAACUAGGUACGCCGCGACGUUGGCGGUGUUGGAGCACACUGGGGUGGCCGUCGCACAGAAUGCUCGUAUCCGCGCCCUGGCCGCUGCGUGGGCUCGUAAUGAUUAUCAACUGUCGGAGGCUUUCUUGAAAAACAGAUCGCAGUUUGGUCUGGUGGAGGUGCUUAAGGCCUUGACCUUGCUCGACUCAGGACGUCAAGUCCGCGUUCUUGAAAAGAAGGUCAAACGACUUCAGCUGUCUGGUACGAAGGUUGGCAAAAGCAAAAUGGGAAAGCUGAAGUCCGACAUUGACAACCUGAACGCAAUAAAACCACCGCGUGGAAGUGCUAGUGGCGCCGUCUGUAAACAUAUCAGGAGCUGGGUUCGAAGCUUCACAGCGGAGGAUCUGGAGUUUUAUGCGCUACAUUACCCCAAGGAUCCGUGGAUGAAGUUGGCAGAUAUUUGUCAUUUCAAUCCCAAACUGGAUUUCAGCUCGUUGCCAUGGUUUCUGCCAUUCUGCUUUGGUGGCCCAGCCCCGGAGAACUCGAUGGUGGAGAAGUGCCAUGACGUCAUCGAGUCGAACGUCAACGAACUCAUCAAAGAAUACCCCGUCCCGUACAGCCACAUCAAGACCUUCAAAAACAAACUCACUGACGAAUCGAAAGAGAGGAUCGCUGGCUACGAAGAAACACUGGAUACACUACUAUGGUACUACGAAGAUCUACAGUUAUUAUCUGUAGACAGUGUCAUCCAGCAGAGACUUGAUGCAGGUGAAAAAAUCAAACUUCCGAACGGGAAGUUGUUAGAGAGACUACUAACUCUGAAAAUAAUCAGAGAGAAUAUUUCUGCCCCCCGAUACGGAUAUGGCGAAAUAACAAGAGAGGAAAACCCAUCCAAAGUGUGCUUCUUUAAAGAUUUGGUUCCAAUAGCCGAAGAAAGACUCAAAUCUAUUCAAUUACCUCUUGAGGAGCCCAUUGUGGUGAUCGGCGACGCGUCAGGGUCCAUGGAGGUGGCCAUUAAGACGAGCACAAUCAUCGCCAGCCUCCUGACGGCCAUCACCUCCGCUAGACUGGUCUUCUUCAACACAGAGAACCGCGAGGCACCCUAUCUACCCACGAACGCCGAGCAGGCCCUGGAGCUGGCGGUCACCACCCGAGCAGCUGGCGGUACCACCCCUGCCGCUAGUCUGUGGCCGUUCUACGACAAAAAGGAGGUCGUCAAGACGUUCAUCAUGGUCACGGACGAGGAGGAGAAUGGCAGUUGCCAUAACUACAGUUUUGCAGACUUGUUCAAAAAGUACUACGAAGACGUGUACCCAGCUAAACUGGUUUUCGUGUCCUUCCUACGUUCACAACACAGCAACGGACAGAUGGUACAGGCUCUGAGAGACGUAGGAAUUAAUCCACUACAAUUCAAGAUGGACGGAAGUCGGCCUGACCUAUCCAAACUGGACAACUUGUUCGGACUGCUCUCCACCGAAGCGGAAUCCUUCACGGAUGAGAUUUCAGACAUGGAGGAUAAAAUCAGACUAAAAGGUCUACAGGGUGUGUUUGAAGAGCUCAAGUCUACGGAGGAAUCCAGUUAAAUGGAGAGUAUUUGAAAUACAUACCUCACUGAGCGAAGUCUGCGAUCAUAAGCCAGGUUUCAGUAACAUCUUGAACAGACUGUGUUCCCACUAAAAGUUUUAUUUGGUCUGCGUCGGUUACAUAUUUUAUGGAACCCAGAUUGAAAUACAUACCUCAUUGAGUGAAGUCUGCCACCAUAAGCCAGGUUUCAAUAACAUCUUGAACAGGCUGUGUUUCCACAAACAGUUUUAUUUGGUCUGCGUCGGUUACAUAUUUUAUGGAACCCAGAUUGAAAUAUCACAGUAGGUGCGCAUGCGAGAAAAGUGUGACGUGAAACUGCAGACUUCCACGAGGUGCAAUAUCUGUCAUUUUUGACUGAGCAUGUGAAUUGUUCUAUUUAUUAUAUAAUUUGAAAUCGUG